GGGCCCGAGUGCCGAGCCCUUUGCUCCCUCGGCCGCGCGGGGACAGGGCUGCUGAGCAGCCUCCGCCUCUCCUGGCUGUGGGGGCCCCACUGAGUAUGUCGGAGGAGAGCGACAUGGACAAAGCCAUCAAGGAAACUUCCAUUUUAGAAGAAUACAGUAUCAAUUGGACUCAGAAGCUGGGAGCUGGAAUUAGUGGUCCAGUUAGAGUCUGUGUAAAGAAAUCUACUCAAGAACGGUUUGCACUGAAAAUUCUUCUUGAUCGUCCAAAAGCUAGAAAUGAGGUACGUCUGCACAUGAUGUGUGCCACACACCCAAACAUAGUUCAGAUUAUUGAAGUGUUUGCUAACAGUGUCCAGUUUCCCCAUGAGUCCAGCCCUAGGGCCCGACUCUUAAUUGUAAUGGAGAUGAUGGAAGGGGGAGAGCUAUUUCACAGAAUCAGCCAGCACCGGCACUUUACAGAGAAGCAAGCCAGCCAAGUAACAAAGCAGAUAGCUUUGGCUCUGCGGCACUGUCACUUGUUAAACAUUGCGCACAGAGACCUCAAGCCUGAAAAUCUGCUUUUUAAGGAUAACUCUUUGGAUGCCCCAGUGAAGUUGUGUGACUUUGGAUUUGCCAAGAUUGACCAAGGUGACUUGAUGACACCCCAGUUCACCCCUUAUUAUGUAGCACCCCAGGUACUGGAGGCGCAAAGAAGGCAUCAGAAGGAGAAAUCUGGCAUCAUACCUACCUCACCGACGCCCUACACUUACAACAAGAGCUGUGACUUGUGGUCCCUAGGGGUGAUUAUCUAUGUGAUGCUGUGCGGAUACCCUCCUUUUUACUCCAAACACCACAGCCGGACUAUCCCAAAGGAUAUGCGAAGAAAGAUCAUGACAGGCAGUUUUGAGUUCCCAGAGGAAGAGUGGAGUCAGAUCUCAGAGAUGGCCAAAGAUGUUGUGAGGAAGCUCCUGAAGGUCAAACCGGAGGAGAGACUCACCAUCGAGGGAGUGCUGGACCACCCCUGGCUCAAUUCCACUGAGGCCCUGGAUAAUGUGCUGCCUUCUGCUCAGCUGAUGAUGGACAAGGCAGUGGUUGCAGGAAUCCAGCAGGCUCACGCGGAACAGUUGGCCAACAUGAGAAUCCAGGAUCUGAAAGUCAGCCUCAAACCCCUGCACUCAGUGAACAACCCCAUUCUGCGGAAGAGGAAGUUACUUGGCACCAAGCCAAAGGACAGUGUCUAUAUCCACGACCAUGAGAAUGGAGCCGAGGAUUCCAAUGUUGCCUUGGAAAAACUCCGAGAUGUGAUUGCUCAGUGUAUUCUCCCCCAGGCUGGAGAGAAUGAAGAUGAGAAACUGAAUGAAGUAAUGCAGGAGGCUUGGAAGUAUAACCGGGAAUGCAAACUCCUAAGAGAUACUCUGCAGAGCUUCAGCUGGAAUGGUCGUGGAUUCACAGAUAAAGUAGAUCGACUAAAACUGGCAGAAAUUGUGAAGCAGAUUAGCUCUACUGCCAAGACAUUUUUGUGGCUGUCAUUGCAGACUGCUUGCUGGAACUCACAGGAGGCACACUUGAGCUUGGGGAGCCAACUUCCAUGAUGGAAGAAGAGGGAGUGUAUGCUGAAUUUUAGGUGCGAUGGAAAAGGUAUCCAAAGUGAUACUCCCUUUGACUCUGAGCAUCUGUUGCCCGUGUUUCAGUCACUUCAAGCUGAAUUCAUGCCCUCAAUGUAAGUGCUGUGUCCAGACACAUCCAAAUGAGCACCAAGCUGGAAGUUUGUGAACACACUGGAGGAUGCCCCAGCUGUUGUAAUGCAACAGCAUACCUUGAAAAAAAACAGUAGCUCCCAAGGGACUCAGCAUGGCUUGGUCUUCGAAGUGGAGUUUUGUUUGUAUAUUCCUAGUCCAGCAGUAAAUUCUGCUUUAACAUAACUGUCAGGUUUGCUACUCGAAAUUUGCACAUAACUGGAAGUGAAACGAUAUCUUUCUCAUAUUUUUUGGCCUAACAAACACCUAUACCUGUGGAAACAUAACACUGUAAAUAUAAUUCUUAUAAAGCAGCAGGUUAUGCUCUCCUGUUUGCCUACAUGAUUUAUUAACCUUCUGCUUACUAAAGCCAUUACUGGUCAAUCAGAUACUUUUAGACUUUACCACAGUUAUAAAAGUCAGCUUGAUGUAGUAAAAAAACUUGUCUCUCUCUGACUAAUAUGUAUGAAUAUAGGAGAAUGCCAGUCUGAAUUUACUGUUUGAAACAUAGAUGAGGCUCAGCGUGGUGGCUCAUGCCUUUAGUAAUCCCAGCACUUUGGGAAGCUGAGGCGGGCAGAUCACCUUAGGUCAAGAGUUCAAGACCAGCCUGGCCAACAUGGUGAAAUGCCGUCUCUACUAAAAAUAAAAAAAUUAGCCAGGCAUGGUGGCACAUGCCUGUAAUCCCAGCUGCUCGGGAGGCUGAGGCAGGAGAAUUGCUUGAACCUGGGAGGCAGAGGUUGCAGUGAGUGGAGAUCGCACCAUUGCACUCCAGCCUGGGUGACAGAGCGAAACUCCAUCUCAGAAAUAAAAUUAAAAAAGAGACGUGAUCCUGCUAUGUUGCCCAAGUUAGACUCAAGCUCCUGGGCUCAAGCAAUCCUCCUGCCUCAGCCUUCUAAGUAGCUGGGACUACAGGAGCAAACCACUGUGCCUGGCAGGAAUUACUCUUUAAAAAGAGUUUAUGUUGCUUGUAUUCAUUUGAGAAAAAAUGAGUUGAAGAAAUGGUAAUUGUUGGUCAAAGAAGCCAAAAGAUUUAAAUAAGGUCUUGUGUGUGGGUAUGUGUAUGUGCAUGUAUUUAUUGAAGAAAAUACGUUUCAAUUUGAGAAUUAGAAAAUUGGAUAUUUCAUUUUAUUUAUUUAAAGAGUAGAAUGUUCUUCCAUUAUUGAAUCUUCUUUUAUCCCACCAAAUGGCUUAACCUAAUUUGCGCUGCCUAUUUUGGUUAAGAAACAGGGAAACACCCUAAAAUCUGUGAUAAUUUUCAAAAUAUAAUUUUAAGAAGCUUUGCGCUUACAUAAAUCACAAGAAGAAAUACAGCUGGAAAUCAUUUCACUUUUCUUGCUGUAAAUUUUUUUAGUGGGUUUGUGACAGUAUAAAUUUUCUUGCUAGAUGCUAAUGAUACAUUGUAUUAUCUGUAUUAGGAAUUAAAUAUUUAAUAGGAAUAGUGAAUAAAUUGAUCUGCUCUCA